AUGGAAUUCGAAGAGCGACCAAGUAAAAUGCGAAAGCUGGAGCACGAGAGUGAGAAUGAGUCUUCAUCAAUUCAGCAGCCAGAAUCAGAAGCGAAAUCACCCACCGACACUGCUGCUCAGCCAGAAGAAACAUCUGUAGAGUCUACAAUCCCGGAGCAGGAAAUUGCCACAAGCCAAGGCGCUGUAGAAGGAACCCAAAAACCCACAUCCGAGGCCACAGAGAAUGAAGCCUCCAACAGACCCUCAGAUUCCAACGAAAAUGAGGAUCCCAACCAACCCUCCAAAGACAAAGACAACUCACAAACCACCAAGCCAACACCAUCCAAAUUCGAAAUCGACCCCUCCCUCUCCAAAAACCAACAGAAAAAACUGCGCAAAAAACUCGAAUGGGAAGCUGGCCGUGAAGAGCGCAAAGUCCUCCGAAAAGAACAACAAAAAGCCAAACGCGAACGUCUCCGAGCUGAGAAAGCCGCUCUGCCUCCGGAAGUGCUCGCGAAGAAAGAAAGCGAGAGGGCGAAUCAACCUCGUCCGCGUCAACUUCCCAUAACAUUCCUCAUUGAUUGUAAUUUUGACGAUUUGAUGCGCGAUGGUGAACGAGUGUCCUUGAGCAGUCAAAUCACGCGAUGUUAUUCCGAUAACAAAAAUUCCGCCUUUCGAGCACACUUGGUGCUGUCGAGUUUCGGUGGCGUGUUGAAGGAGAGGUAUGAUGGAGUUUUGGAAGGCGUGUAUAAAUUAUGGAAACCCUUCCGCACCUUUUCGGAGAAUUUCAAGGAAGUUGCUGAGAUGGCGAAAAGCUGGAUGGGAGAUUCCAAGGAAAAUUGGAUGGUGGGCAGUUUUGCCAAGUAUGCUGAUGAAGAUCAAGAAGUUCUCAAAGCUGCUGGAGAGAUUGUCUAUUUGAGUUCCGAAGGCGAGGAGGAUCUCACGGAAUUGAAGCCUUAUAGUACGUAUAUCAUCGGCGGCUUGGUGGAUAAGAAUCGGGAAAAGGGCAUUUGUUAUAAGAGAGCCAAGGAAGCUGGGGUCAAGACUAUGAGGUUGCCGAUUGGGAAGUUUAUGGAUAUGAGUUCCAGGAAGGUGCUGGCUACGAAUCAUGUCAAUGAGAUUAUGGUCAGGUGGUUGGAGUGUGGGGAUUGGGGCGAAAGUUUCGUGAAGGUCAUUCCUAAGCGCAAGGGAGGGACGUUGAAGGGUGGGCAUGGGGAUGAUGAUGAGGAUGAUGGUUAG